GGUUGCUAGGCAACCAGUUUAAAGGGCUAGUAAACAAUCCCAUUAUUACUUUUACCAGGAUUGUUGGCCUUUCAUAUAAACAGAUUUUGUCCUUCCAUGGCUGAAGUUCACAUUAUAGGCCAGAUUAGAGAGGCAAAAGAUUUUCCAAAGCAGCAUUUAUUUUGUAAAUGGCACUUGCACACAGGUAGGAAGUUACAAAAUUCAAAACUUGACACGGUGCCCUCAUUUUUCCAAACUUUAGGUAAUAAUUGGAAGGUGAUCGAAGGUAAGUGCGAAGGACAAACCCAAGUGGCAUGGUCGCAGUUUGAUCAGGCAUGCAGGUGGUCAUUUCCCAUUGAUAUACACCUAGCUACAGCUGGAUUGCAAGGUUGGCCAAAAAUCUACAUUGAAGUAUAUCAUCUAGACUGGUUGGGCAGAGCUCACCUGUUUGGCUACGGCCUCAUCAUAGUUCCGUCCAGUCCAGGUAACCAUAAUUUAGACUGUUAUACCUGGAGACCUUUUGGCAGCCUUAAGGAACGCUUCACUCAAUUCUUUUUAGGUGGAGGUGUUCAUCUGAGGUAUCCUGAUUGGAUUCUCUCUCCGGGCGAGAGAUACAAACUAUCUACUGAGGCUAUGGGAGUUGUCUCAUUCGACUUGAGCGUUAUAUUGAGAAAUUUUACGAACUAUGGAGUGGAAUAUCAGUAAGAGAGGAUCCAUAACAGCUGUUGGGCUAUUAGUGACACUCCUUAUCGUUGCUGAAGCAAAGGACAAUAAUUCGCCUAGCACCAGCACUGUCAGCAGCAAAUCAUCUGAAGUUCCUACCACUGACGACACGCUGGAAGGUGAACUAAAUGCUACGGAAUCUAUAACUGUUCCAUCGUUCUGUGAUAUCAAUAGCACUGAAUGUGGGAACUUUAGCACAGAACUUAUCAAUGUCACCACCACUUCACUUCCAGCGAGCACAACCAGUACUCCAGAACGAAGGAAGUUAGAAAGAAGGAAGUUCAAGAAUAACGAAUUAUGUUUUUGUGAUUUGGAAUUGAACAUCUGUGAUCUAAACUGCUGUUGUGACCAAGACUGUAGCCAAAAUGACAAAUUAGUGUUCUCGCAUUGCGAAACUGAAACUCAUACCUACGACACGAGAUACUGUUCAUAUGUGAAACACAUGUACGUCAACAACACGCCUUUUGAGCUACAGGUCAACCAGAAUGGUUUGUUUUGUGUUCUGAAGAGUAAUUUUCCAGCAUCUUAUAUUGUUCAAAGGGAAGAGCCUCUUUUAACAUUUAGUGCUGCAGAGAAAGAACAGCUGGGAAAGUUUUCAUGGACAAAGCAUACAAAACCACCUGACAUACAGUUUAACGUCAGUGAAAAAUUUGUACAGGGAAGUAAUGUAUGGAUAGUCACAAAGAAAGGAAUUGACAAGUUGGUGAUUCCUAGGAAGUUUUUCACCAACAGAUGCGAAUCAUCCCAAGAAGUGGAAAACCUCAAAAAUAAACAUAGCCAAUGUCUUCAAACAGACAUAGAUAGAGAUAAUAAUUAUUUGAACCUUAAGAGCUAUUUUGAGGGCCAAUACGUGAUAACUGCACCAAAACAUGUGAACUUAACUAAUUACAGAAGAGGAAUAUUUCAGGAUUGCCCUAGAAACAUUUGUUUGGCAAUAACACCUAAAAUAUGCGAGGAGCAUUUCACCAACUGUAAAAAUAUCUCACAAAACGACACUAGGUUGAGUAUUACUUGUAAUCUUGAUAUCAGGCACAAUCAAACCGUUUGCAAGAACCUUGUCAAAAGGAUUGAGUAUAAGUUAUAUUACAACGGUAGUGAAGGUUACAAAAAAAUAGAAGUGCUGACAGAAUUAGCUAGCAUAAUUUACGAUUUCGAUGACAAAUCCACGGAGUUUGAGCAAGAGUUUCUUGUUAGUUUUUGGUGGUUGAAUCAAACCAGAAAUUUGUCUGCUCUUCAGAGUGGAAAUCCUGGGUAUUUAAUUGGAAAACCACUGAAGAUAGGAAAGAUGGUCAAUAUUGGAAACAGCACUCACAUAAAGUUGAAAAUCAAGAGAAAUCCUUAUGAUUAUCGUAGCAAUUUUCUUACAUUACCUGAAAACUUUGAUGGAAAUUGUAUUUUGAAUAAUUUCACAUUUUAUCCAAUCGAGUUUGGAUAUAACGUACUGAGGAGAUGUAAAAUAAAAAGUCAGGUUGUGAAUACAAAAAGGAACAUAAAUGGCACGGAGAUUUGUAGGAACAUUCAGGCUGAGAUUUUGAGAAUGUGGAACGCAGAUAAUGAAAAUACAACAGUAGGAAUGUUUGGAAAUUCCAAUGUUAGCCGCUUGGAAGAAUGGUGGAAGAUAUUGUACAAAACUCCUCCAUUUGUUGUACUCAAUAGCACUAAAGGCAAGUUUGAUACGAAGUUGAACCAGACUAAAUGUUUUGGUUUGAUUUCCAACAUCAUCAUUAGUAUAUUUCACUCAAGAAUUGAGGUCGGUACGUUGAGAAAUCAAGAAAAGAUUCUAGGGGUAACUUUUGCCUUUGGAGGCUUUGUGAACAAGACAUUUUCUUAUCAAAGAAAUAUUACUAAAUUCGAUUUGGAUUUGAAGCAUGAAGUGGUGUUUUAUGACAUAUCUACAGAGAAAAGGCGGAAGUUUGUGGAUCCGCCUGGUAUUGACAUAAAAUUACCUUAUGAUUUUUUCUACCCGUUUGUGAAGUUAAACAAUGGUGUGGAUAGCUUUAAGAUUCUUCACGUGUGUUGGUUGAUUGUCGUGGGCUUAGUCCUAAUUAUAUUUUGAUAAUAAAGUUUUACACAGCCGCC